AUGCCUGACCCGAACCUCGACCCGUACACGUCCAAAGCUGAGAACAACAAUGUCACGCCCCAACAAAAGAUUACAGACCUCCACAAAAUCUUACAGGCUGCAAAGACGGGGAUGCUCACCACGCGGGCGUCAGACGGGCAUUUGCACGCUCGUGCCAUGGCACCAGCCGGCCCGGUAUCCCCUACUCAGCUCAGCCUAGUCUUCAUCGCCAACAACACGUCUCCGAAGUGUCACGAGGUUCAAAAUGAUUCACACGUCAACGUCAGUUUUUUCGAUAAUUCAACGACGAACUGGGCCAGCUACUCUGGAAAAGCUAGGCUCAUCGAAGAUAGGAGCGUCAUCAAGCAGCAUUGGAGCUCCAUGAUGGCCGCCUAUUUCGGUGACCUGGGCGAUGGCGUUCACAAAGGCGACGAGAACGAUCCGCGCGUGAUUGCCAUCGAGGUUAUCCCAGACGAGAUCCGGUAUUGGAUCGCCACGAGUGGAGCGAUGAGUCGCACUGUGCAGACAGCGUUUGCCGCAGUGACGGGGAAGGGUACUGCUCCAGGCGAGCUCCGUGAGAUCACAGCCCCCGAGAUCCAGCUUACACAAGGUCUACAAUCCAAGAAGGGGAUUUAA